CUUCACUCGUCUGCUCCUCUGCAGUCAUUGUCGUGGAGCGAGAUUUCACCCUCCUAACGUUACUCCUGCACCGACAAAUCAAAGGAACACUGUUUUUAGUGGCGGCGCCUGACGCCAACAGACGAAAACGAAUCCGCCACUGCUGCUGCCUGUUGGCGCGGUUGUUGAAAAGCCGGGAGUUUAACAUCGUCACAAGUCAAAUUUGUUUUCUGAAGAAUAUCUGCGGGUCAUCUUCCAGGGAAGUUCACGAACAUGGAGAAUGGCAGGGCCCAAUUUCCAUUUCCCUACCAGCCCUAUGACAUCCAGGAGCAGUUCAUGCAGGCUCUGUACAGUGUACUUGAACAGGGCAAAGUUGGAAUCUUUGAAAGUCCGACUGGAACGGGCAAGUCUCUGAGUUUAAUCUGUGGAGCGCUGAGCUGGCUCACAGACCACGAGGAGGAGAGUCGACAGAAGGCAGCUGCCCUGCUGCAUGAAGGAGAAUUGGUUCUUUCCACUUCUACUGCUCCGUCCUCCACUACGAGCUGCUCAGCGGAGCCCGACUGGAUCACGGAUUUUGUUCAAAAAAAGGCAGAACGUGACUUGGUGUCCAAACUGAAGGAAGAAGAAUUGAAAAGAAAGAAGAGGGAAGAACGCUUAGAAAUGAUCAGGAAUAACGUUCAACUCAAGUAUGCAAUGAAAAGAAAAAGCUCUGACGAUGAAGAGGCGUUCAAAUUGCUUAAGCUCAGUAAGGAGGAGGACACCGAGACACAAGGCGAUCAAGAGGACGAGGAGCUUAUCGUUGCAGAAUAUGAGAGCGAUGACGAGUCAAAGACCAGGACCAGAUUUUGUGGCGCUGACGACGACACAGACGACGAGCUGGUUGAAGAACAUGUUAAUAAGAUUUACUACUGCAGCCGCACUCACUCCCAGCUGGCCCAGUUUGUCCACGAGGUUCAAAAGAGCCCCUUCAGCAAGGAAAUCAGUCUGGUUACACUGGGCUCACGGCAGAAUCUGUGCAUCAACGAAGAAGUGCGUCGCCUGGGCAGCAGCCAGCGCAUUAACGACCGCUGCAUGGAGAUGCAGAAAAACAAACACGGAGAGAAGCCGCAUGAUGAAGAGCGUGUAAAACGUAAGCGAGGCCCAGCCAAGAGCGUGUGUCCCUACAAUAAAGCUUCAGCCCUGCAGCACAUGCGGGACAACGUUCUGGGGACAGUCCACGAUAUUGAGCAGAUGCUGAAGCUGGGCAGAGAGACGCAUUCGUGUCCCUACUACGCCGCACGCCUCGCCGUUCCCCCUGCACAGUUGGUGGUGUUGCCCUAUCAGAUGUUGCUUCAUGAAGCCACAAGAAGGGCAGCGGGGGUCAAGCUGAAGGGACAGGUGGUGAUUAUAGAUGAAGCUCACAAUCUUAGUGACACACUGUCCUGUAUACACAGCGCAGAGCUUACUGGAGCGCAGCUUUGCCGUGCCUACUCGCAGCUCGCCCAGUACGGCGAUCGCUACAAGAGCAGACUGAAGGCAAAGAACGUGAUGUACAUCAAACAGAUUCUAUUUGUGAUGGAGGGGCUUGUCCGGGCGCUCGGAGGUAAAGUGGGGCAGAAUCCACAGAGCCAGACUACACUAACAGGAACUGAACUGCACACCAUCAACAACUUCCUCUUUAAGGCUCAGAUUGACAAUAUAAACUUGUUUAAGUUACAGAGAUACUUUGAGAAGAGCAUGAUAAGCAGAAAACUAGGAGGCUUUGUGGAGAAGUACGCAGGAUCAGGUGUGAGUGUGCACACUCCGAGCCGCACCAACAGGGAGAACCGACGCACAGAGGGUCUGAACCGCUACCUUCAAACACUGCAGAGCACCCAAAUCAAUGCGCCAGUUCCUCCGGCGGACCAGCAGGGGUCAGAGGCAGAGAAAGUACUGGCCACGUCUCCAAUGAUGCAGGUGGAGGGUUUCUUCAUGGCUCUCACCAACAGCAACACCGAUGGUAGAGUGUUAGUGCACAAACAAGGUACUUUGUCAGAGAGCAGCAUCAAGUUCCUGCUGUUGAAUCCAGCGGUCCACUUCGCCCAGGUGCUGAAGCAGUGCAGAGCCGUCGUCAUCGCAGGAGGAACCAUGCAGCCUGUUUCAGACUUCAAACAAGAGCUACUCCUUUCUGCUGGCGUGGGGGAAGAGCGCAUCACCGAGUUUUCCUGUGGUCACGUCAUUCCUCCCGAAAACAUUCUUCCUCUCGUCUUGUGCAGCGGUCCCUCUGGUCAGGAGCUGGAUUUUACGUUCCAAAACAGAGACUCCCCACGCAUGAUGGACGAGACGGGGCGCAUCCUGUCAAACGUCUGUAACGUGGUCCCAGGUGGAGUCGUGUGCUUCUUCCCUUCCUACGAGUACUCGAGGCGCAUCGUUUCUCACUGGGAGGCCAGUGGGGCUCUGACUCGUUUGGCAAACAAAAAGAAGAUCUUCCAGGAGCCCAAGAAAUCAAACCAGGUAGAGCAGGUGCUGAACGAGUUCUCCCGCUGUAUCCAGAGGAGCGCUGUGGAUGCUGGAGGGCUCACAGGAGCUUUGCUGUUCUCUGUUGUCGGAGGAAAGAUGAGCGAGGGCAUCAAUUUCUCCGAUGACCUGGGCAGGUGUGUGGUGAUGGUGGGAAUGCCGUAUCCCAACAUCAAAUCCCCAGAGUUGCAGGAAAAGAUGUCCUAUCUGGACAAACACCUGCCUCACAGUGGAGGGAGGAGCCCUGGACAAGCACUCAUAGAGAACCUCUGCAUGAAGGCUGUCAAUCAAUCCAUGGGACGAGCUAUUCGUCACCGAGGAGACUAUUCCUGCAUUGUGAUGUGUGACCGACGAUACUCUCGACCCGCUACACUCGCUAAGCUUCCAACGUGGAUCAGAAACCGCACAAGCACACAUACAACCUUUGGCCCUGCUUUUGCUGCCUUGCGGAAGUUCUUCCUGGAGAAGAAGCACAAGCAAGUGUAGUGUCACUUACACUGCUCCACUGACAUUUCCAAAUAGGUUCUGAAGAACUUUGAUGAAAACCCAGUGGUACUGAGGUUUAUUUGCAAAUGUAGUACUCCAAAAAUGGGUUUUCUAUUGUAAGAUAAUUAGAGGGCCUCAAGAGCAAGAUCUGUAUUCAGCCCCUUUUUAUUCAUCUUCACGUU